CAGAAACUUUGAUCUUUAACCAAAAAAGUUUUGUUUUUGUCUGUCAUCUCUGUAUAUCCAAGAAAACAGUACGAAGGAGAAAGAAAAAAAAAAGCAAUGGCAGGAUCAUCUUUACCACCUGGUUUCAGAUUUCAUCCCACGGAUGAAGAACUCGUCGGGUAUUACCUCCAAAGAAGAAACGAGGGGCUCGAAAUCGAGCUCGAAGUGAUUCCAUUGAUCGAUCUGUACAAGUUUGAUCCCUGGGAAUUGCCUGACAAGUCGUUCUUACCGAACCGAGACAAGGAAUGGUUCUUCUUCUGUCAUCGAGACAGGAAAUACCCAAACGGCUCUCGAGCGAACAGAGCAACAAGAUCCGGUUACUGGAAAGCCACCGGGAAAGAUCGAAGAGUUAUCUGUCAUCAGUCUUCUCCCGUGACUGGAUACAAGAAAACCCUAGUUUUCUACCUCGGCCGAGCUCCUUUAGGCAGUAGAACCGGGUGGGUAAUGAACGAGUACCGCCUAUGCGACGAUCUUUCACAGGGGCCAAAUAGUUUCAAGGGUGAUUUCGCAUUGUGCCGGGUGGUCAAGAGAGAUGAUCAGAUGCAGAAGAAAGGAGAAGCUAGGUCAAACACGGUCCCGAAUGAGCCAUUCGAUAUUUCUUGUGGCGCAAGUUACCCUGCGAAGGAGAGCCAGAGCUCGAGCCAUGCUCCUUGUGCCUUGUCGGAAACUGGUUCGCCCAGAAUCUGGGCUUCCCCUGAGGAUUUAAUCCUAGAAUCAGCAUCCAAGCUCUACUGGAAAGCGGAGGAAUCUGCAUCUGGGCAAGAUCUUCCAAACUCAACACGGUUCGGAUAUCCAGAAUUCUUUACCGAUCCUUCUUCAAUCUCAAACUUCAACUGGGAAAUGGAAGCUUCUUCAGAAAUAUCUCCCAACAAUGGAUUCCUAAAUUACCCAGAAUUUCACAUGGACGGACAUGUACACUAUCAGCUGUGAUAGUUUCCACCACUUAGAUGCCUUUUAAACGUUAUGUUCUUAUACCAGAAAAUAGUAACGAGUAUGUUCUGCUUACCCAAUAUGAAACAUGUAUGGUUUGGUCGUCCAGUUCGAGGUUGGACCAUGAUUUGCAGACAUAGUAAUGUUUUUGUUUAUAAUGCGACCUACCAGGAUCU